CUCCUAUUGGCUGUGGUGUUCCGGGGGGCGGGGCUUGUGCAGUAGUUUUUAACGGGCCGCAGAGUUAGAGAGCUCAGCUGGAGUUCAGCAUCCUAAUCUGAAGCUUCAGAAGUUUCUGGAAGAUCUGAAGAAUUCUGAUAUUUAUCCUCACAUCUCAUCAUCUCGUUAUCUCAUCAUCUCAUCAUCAACCUCUCAGCGGUCAGUAGGUGGCAGUGAUGGAGCUGACGGUGAAGCUGGUUAGUGGAGAGGGGCGGGUGGUGCGGGUGAGCACCGGGGCGACGGUGGGGGAGCUGAGGCGGGCGGUGGCUCAGAGUUUCGGCGAGCCGGUCGAGCGAGUUCGGCUCUCCACCGCCAACGCCAAUGACAUACGACCUACGACCCUGGACAACGACUCCGCACCCCUGAGCAGCUUUGGCCUGAGCCACGGCUCCGCCCUCAUGCUGCUGCUCCGCUUGCUGGCGGUGACCCAGGUGAUCGUGAAGAACGAGAAGGGUCAGAAUAAGACGUACGACGUGGGCGAGGAGGAGACGGUGGUUCAGCUGCAGAGAAAGAUCUACAACAAGGAUGGAGUUCCUGAGGACCAGCAGCGCCUCAUCCACAACGGCCGACAGAUGGAGGCGGGGAGGAAGCUGAAGGACUACAACGUCACCAACGGAAGCAUCAUUUACCUGACCCUCCGUCUACGGGGAGGCUAGAGUAACACACCUCCACCUGAAGCGGCUUGAACAGGACCACGCCCUGUUUAAAAAGCCUGUAUUCCACCUUUACCUGUGUCUUAUUUCCUAGGGUCACUUAUAGUGCUUCUUUUUUUUUUCUCAUUUAUUUUUACACGAUCAAUAUAGUUUUAUUUCUUAGAAUUAAACUUAAUAAAUUAGCAUUUAAAAUGUUUUUUUUUGUGUUACUGUUACUUUAAGACUCAUAUAUGCAAAGUAUAUAUAUAUAUAUAUAUAUAUAUAUAUAUAUAUAUCCCUGUUCUGAUUGGCUGUCCUGUAUGAAACCUCGUUCAAGAAGGAGUGGCGUAGUGGGCGUGGUUAAUCUGCAGAAUAUGUUGCGUGGGCGUGGCUAAUUUGCUCUAUAUGUUAAAUGGGCAUGGCUAAUCUGUUGAAUAUUAUUUUUAUUAAUAUAUUAUUAUUAUUAUUAUUAUUUUGGGAAGAAUAUUUUUCUACAGUAUAGGUUGAAGGGGCGUGGCUUAUGUGGUCUAGUUUAACAUAUGAGUAGAUUUAAAAAAUAUAGGACCAAUCAAAAUUUUGGACACCUUUUUAUUUAUUUUCCUACAUUAAAUAAUGUAAAUUAAUACUGAAGUAGAUGUGAACGACCCCUGUUCUGAUUGGCUGUGGUGUAUGGCACCUCAUUCAAGAGGGAAUGGCUAAUCUACUAUAUAAAUGUAAUGGGCGUGUCCAGACGUUGUGUAGAUUGGAUGGGCGUAGCUAAUCGGAUACAUAAAUCCCAUGGGCGUGUUUUAUCUGCAGUAUAGGUUGGGUGGGCGUGGCUAAUCUGCUGUGUGAAUAUAUGGCUACAUAUACAUUUUUGACAAAAUCCAAAAUUGAGUAUUUUUAGUUCACUGCUUUGUGAACCAAAGCAAAUAAUGUAAGUAAAUAAUGUUCAUAUUUGCGUUUUUUUUAUUUGAUCAUGUUAAAACUGUCCCAAACUGACAUACACUUUUUUUAUUUAUUUUUUGAUUGUGUAAACUUUUCCGUUAUUUAGUUAGUUAGUUUAUUAUGUCAAUCUUUUCUAAGUAAACAGUAAAAUACGUUUUAGGAUUAAUUUUAAAUGUAUAAAUGAGAAGUGUUCUAUAUUAUAUGCUAUGUAUAAUAAUAAUUUACUAAAAUUUGUAUAAAAAAACACAUAUUUUUGUUAUUGUUGGCAGUAACUGUGUUUUCACCUCAAACCCAAACCUGUCCAAUAAGAAGACAGGAUAGAAAUAUCAUUCUGGCCUAAGAUUAGCAUUAGCAUAGCAUCUCUCCAACACACACCUGUUUUUUUUUUAUGUAAAACUGUUUUUAUUUAAUCUAAAGUGCCAUUUUAUGUUGUUUAUUUGAGUGUGAAAUUGUUUUUAGCAUUACUAAAUUCCUUCUAUAAUCUUUAGAUUAUAAGUUAUUUUUUAUUGCAGUGCUGCUCCUAACUCACUGCCAGUUGUUAAAUUAUAGGAAAUAAAUUAUCUGUUCAAACACUGUUGAUUUUUGUGUCCUUUUUUAUUAACUCACACAAAUAUAUCACAGUAAACGCUAGAGGGCGCAGCUCUACUACUCAUAUAUACAUUACCAGUUAAAAUAUUUUUUCUACAUAGUAAAUGAAUAGUAAAUUGAUC